AUGACAAAGAACAGGUCUCCCACCUCUGCGCGCGCUCGCCUGCAGCUGCGGCCGCGCGCGCCCCGCGCCGCGCUGCACCUGCUGGCCUACUACAGCACGGGCCUGCGCGCGCGACCCUACCGACUGCUCCGACAUGUCUUCCGCUUCAAAGUGCUCGAAGCUGUGGAGUUAGCGGUCACCCCGCGACGUAGUCUGCGAAAUGUCGAUGGAGAGGUUGUCGAAAAUAUGAGCCUCGCCGUUGAAGUCAAAAAUAUUUUUAACGAAAAGGGCGAGGAUUUAACCGUAGAAGUGUUAGAAGCGUCACUAUUGAGCCGACAGUGGCGUUUAACUGGGCUCGUUGCGGCCCGGGGCGCAGCCGAUCCGCUAACUUCGCGCGAGAAACUGCACUUCGUACUCCGAGCACGGCGAAUAUUGUCAGAAUUCCCGGAAGAGAAAGUCGAGUAUACCUGCGUCAAAAUCAAUGAGAACCACCCAGAUGCUGUGGCUAAUAUUAAUGAACCUCCAUACUCUAAGUUUGUGGUUGAUGGCCAACACUCAUACAUUGAUGCACCUGAUGCAGCUUUAGCCCAAGAAAUGUCUGGGAAGAGAACGGGAUUGAUACAAUCUAUGUUUGUUCUUCGGUGGAAAGUACAUGAAAAAAUCAAUAGCAAGACUGCAGUCGGUCAACAUUGCUUGUGGUUAGAUUGUUUCACUAAAGCUAUAUCUCGAGAAAAGGAAUAUAUUCCUGGAGAAGUUCCAAUGCCGCUUGACGAAUACGAUAGCAAACUAGAUGUACGCGAUACUAACAAAAAUAAAAAAGACAAUGUUGUGAUAUUUAGAUUGGAACAUUCCACUUACAUUAACCAUAAUUUUAAUGAGAUGAAGCUGUGUUUGGUUCCAAUUACUUUGAAUCUUGUCAACUGCUACGGAAUUCCAGUUAAAGUAUUUAUUGAUAUGACGAAACAAAAAAAUAGAGAGUUGUCUGGAGAGUUGGGAUGGGCUGGUGCGCUCAGUUACGGAAGCGACGUGGAAGCUAAAGAACUGGGCGUUAGCGUCAAUCUAGACAAGUUUGAGUCUAAAAAAGUACAAGUACGAGGAGUUUGUGCUGCCCCAGGACCAUAUUUAGUUGGUUCUGCCUUCUCCAUCUCCACUACAGGGGAAGACAUAAAUCUCAAUGUUUCAAAUAUCUCUAAUAAUACAUCUUUAUUAGUAGUUGAACAAGUUGCUUAAAUGUAAAUCUACGGUUUCUGAUAUUUUCUUAGGUGCUGUUUACUUUAGCUAAUAAUUAAUUUAGAGUUCCAGCUUUGAUUAUUUAUUUAAUAUAUUAUCCUCUAAGAUCGUAACUGUAUAAAAAUAUGUGUACGUACUUGUAUUUAUUUACUAAAGCAAUAAUUAUGGAAAUGUUAAAAUACUUCGCAACAGCCAUGUCAAGAAUAAAAUGUUUUAUCAUUAUCUAAAUGUAGUUUAACACUUUACGAAAAUUUUAACAUUUUACAGUUUUCUAGGUUUAAAAAUUAUUUCAACAUUCGUUAAAAUAUACCGUCGCGUCUUUGAGUAAAAUAAUAUUUAGAUAUUGGUAUCAUAAACUGUAUUUAUUUAUUAUAGUGCAAAGUAUUAAAAAAUGUUAUCUUUUAUAUAUUUACGCAAGUUAAUAUUAUCAUCCUAAUGGUAACCUGUUUUAAGUAUUUAAGUUAUCCUUGUAUUAUAUUUUUUUCUAUAAAUUAAAAUUAAGCAAGUUUAAUGCCAUUGAAUAUGUUUUUUACUGGUUCAUAUGGAUCGACAAAUACAAAACCCGUUUAUGUAUAUAGGUAAAUGACGUAAUAGUUGC